AUGAUGCCCAUUUGGAUGGUGUGGGCUGGAGAGCAAGGUGAUGGGGACUCCGUGCUGCUGUGGGUGCCCACUGGCCGCAGGGUCCUCUCCGGGCUCCUGGGGUUGAACGUGGUGCUGCUUGGGGCAGCCCUGGUGGCUGGUGACGCUUUUCACCCAUCGGGACUGCGCCACCAGGAGCCUCAGGUGUUUCUGCUGCUGCUGCUGGGGCUCAGUGUGCUGUGGAUGUUGUGGUUCCUGCUGUGGGCCCGUCGACAACCCGGCUCCCCGCCACACACUGACCACCAUGCUGGCAGCGUCACAGUCACCGUUGUUUUGAUGCUGUUUGCAGGAUUCAGUUUAUUGCUUUGUGUGUUUGGGAUGAUUUACAAUUUGCUGAUGAAAUCAUGUCGGCCAUCAGCUAAAGUGCUUCUACCCUUCAUACAGACUCCUUUCCUGGCUCUGCAGGCCUAUCUGCUCUGGGCCCACUCCAAAGACUGCAUUCACAAGCAUAGAGUCCUUACCAGAUCUGGUCUAAUGGUGAUCUUGUGCACAAAUAUUUUGUUGUGGUUGAAUGCAGUAACAGAAGAUUCUGUUCACAUGGAGAUAGAGCUGGAGAGACGGUAUGAAAACACAACAAUCGGAAAAGAGACAGACCAGGACAAGGACAAUGUCACAGCAUGCUACUGUAGCAGACACCCGGCAUGUGCAGCACUGCGGAGAGGCUAUGAGGUCCUGUACCCCUUUAACAUGGAGUUCAGCCUACUGGCAGGCUGCAUGCUCUACAUCAUGUGGAAAAACGUGGGACGUCACGUGACUGGCAGUCACUCUGGCCACUCCCAGAACAUCACCCUACGCAUCAUAUGCUAUGGAAGGCUCCUGGUGGGGCCUGUGCUGGGUUUGCUGGUGCUGGUUGCUGGAGUGGUCGUCUUUGUGCUCUACCAGGUGUGGGUGGGGCAGCAAGCACGGCGCUUCAGAGCCUUCCUGCUGUUUUAUGGUUUCCACCUGGUGGUGAUGCCACUCAUGGCGCUUUGCUCGCUGGUGGGAAUGCUAGUGUACCGCUGCAAAGAACAAGUACAGCGUGGCAGGCAGAGUGGGAAAUGCAAAGACCAGGGUGGGGCUAAAAACCCAACGCGGAGUCUGGAUGUGCUGUUGCUGGUGGGGGCGGGGCUGGGGCAGGUCUCCCUCUCUUACUUUUCUCUGGUGGCUGCACUGGCUAUGGAAACUGGAGGCAUACUAGAAAAUCUAGACCUGUCAUACUCACUGUUCAGUCUGCUGGAGCUGGUGCUGCAGAAUGUGUUCAUCAUUCAGGGACUGCAUGAGCAAAUACACCCCCAUCUACAUACAAACUCAGACCACAUCAGAACAGAGGGAAGAAAAACACAGGUGAAUGCUACCUCAGACAUGGGGACGAGAGCUGAACACGUGAGUGAUGUGGACCAGGCAAGAGAGUUCUUACACAGAAAAAGUAAAGUGCCAGCACCCCCUAUUGGUAGAUCUCGAUAUGGCAUCCAUGCCUGGAGCCGAAGAAUAAUUCAAGAGAGCUGUGCCUUUCUCAUCUUGUCCAAUGUUUUGUUGUGGGUGAUCCCAGCUUUUGGAGCCCACCCGCAGUUCGAGAGUGGCAUAGGGAGAGAAUUUUAUGGGUUCUCAGCGUGGUUUGUGCUGGUCAACCUGGGUCAGCCCCUGAUCGUAUUCUACAGGAUGCACUCUGUAGGAGCUCUGAUGGAGCUGCUCAUCUCUGCAUGA